AUGAGUUCUCCAGCACCUGACACCCCAUCAGAGCGAGAUGGAGCUCGAUCACGUAUGACUUCACCAGCCCGAGAUUAUGAAAUGUUUGAAGAUGAAAGUGCCAUUCUCGGUGACAACCCCGAAGAAGAGGAAGAUGAUGGAGAAGAGCUGUUCAAUGAUAAUAUGGAGGCGGAUUACCGUCCAAUGCCGGCAUUGGAUCGUUAUGAUGCCGAGGACCUAGAUGACGAGAACUAUGACGCAAUGUCAAUCCAGGACCGUGUGGCAGCUGAACAAGAGCUACGGAGACGUGACAGAGAAGAAGGCAGGAUCAGGAGAGAUGACCGAGAUUUGUUAUAUGAUGAAUCCGAUGAAGAGAGCACAGGUGCCCCUCGAGCCAAACGGCGCCGCGCUGCAGAGAAAGCCGCUAUGGGUACAGAGGAACAAGUGGAGGAAGGUAUUGAGAGCAUAGAGAACUUAGAGGACACUAAAGGAUACACAACCAAGGAAUGGGUAUCCAUGUUGGGACCUAGGACUGAGAUUGCAAAUAGGUUCAAAAAUUUCCUCCGCACGUAUACAAAUAGCAAAGGCCAGUUCGUAUACAAAGAGCGCAUUCGUCGUAUGUGUGAACACAAUCAAGCUUCUUUCCACGUGGAAUUCGACGUGUUGGCGCGACGUGAACAAGUCCUCGCUUACUUCUUACCCGAAGCGCCUUUCCAAAUGUUACAAAUAUUCGAUGAGGUCGCAAAAGACAUAGUCCUUCAAAUCUUUCCUAGUUACGAGCGAGUAACUUCGGAAAUUCACGUCCGCAUUUCCGAUCUGCCUCUAAUAGAGGAAUUAAGAACAUUCCGGAAGCUCCACCUGAACCAGUUAGUGAGGACUGUUGGCGUUAUAACUGCAACAACUGGGGUCUUACCGCAGUUGUCGGUGGUCAAAUACGACUGUAACAGGUGUGGGUACAUACUGGGACCGUUUGUUCAGUCCCAGAAUUCUGAGGUCAAACCUGCAGGCCGCAUCCCUCGCUCCAAGGAGUGUAUACUGUUAGCAGAUCUUUGUGAUAGAUGUAAACCUGGAGAUGAGGUGGACCUGACUGGAAUCUACACAAAUAACUAUGAUGGUUCAUUAAAUACAGAGCAGGGAUUCCCUGUGUUUGCUACAGUAAUCAUCGCGAACUACAUAGUCGUAAAAGAUUGCAAGCAUAUUGUUGAGUCGUUAACAGACGAAGACAUAGCAUCUAUAGUGAAGCUGUCAAAGGACCCCAGGAUCGCAGAGAGGAUCGUACAGAGUAUAGCUCCCUCUAUAUAUGGAUAUGAUUAUAUUAAGAGAGGCUUGGCUUUAGCUUUGUUCGGAGGAGAGUCUAAAAAUCCAGGGGAAAAACACAAAGUUCGUGGUGACAUCAAUGUACUCAUUUGCGGUGACCCUGGAACAGCCAAGUCACAGUUCCUCAAAUACACUGAGAAGAUCGCACCCCGCGCAAUCUUCACAACAGGUCAAGGCGCGAGUGCUGUCGGUCUCACAGCCUAUGUACGAAAGAAUCCCACAACCAGAGAUUGGACCCUGGAAGCCGGCGCGUUGGUCCUCGCUGACCGAGGUGUGUGUCUCAUCGACGAGUUCGACAAGAUGAACGACCAAGACCGGACAUCCAUCCACGAGGCCAUGGAACAGCAGUCUAUAUCUAUAUCUAAAGCUGGUAUUGUCACUUCACUACACGCGAGAUGUUCAAUAAUCGCUGCAGCUAAUCCCAUCGGCGGUCGGUACGACGCUUCGCUCACGUUCACCGAGAACGUGAAUCUGUCGGAGCCCAUACUGUCUCGGUUCGAUGUUCUCUGCGUGGUGAGGGACGAGGCGGACCCUAUGCAGGAUGCACAUUUGGCCAAGUUUGUGGUAAGCUCACACAUUCGCCACCACCCCACACAGCGCGGGGCCACGUUAGAAGACAUCAAUGCUCCCGAUCCUGAGUUCGGUCUACCACAAGAUCUGCUCAAGAAAUACAUCGUAUAUUCGAGAGAAAAUGUUCAUCCGAAACUACAGAACAUGGAUCAAGAUAAGGUCGCAAAAAUGUACAGCCAGCUGCGACAAGAAUCACUCGCUACAGGAAGCUUGCCUAUAACUGUUAGACAUAUUGAAUCUGUGAUCCGCAUGAGCGAGGCGCACGCGCGCAUGCACCUGCGCGCGCAGGUCGCCGAGGAGGACGUCAACGUGGCCAUCCGCACCAUGCUCGAGAGCUUCGUCGACACGCAGAAGUACUCCGUCAUGCGCGCCAUGAGACAGACAUGCAGCUACAACGUGGCCAUCCGCACCAUGCUCGAGAGCUUCGUCGACACGCAGAAGUACUCCGUCAUGCGCGCCAUGAGACAGACAUUCCAAAAAUACCUAUCAUACAAGAAAGACCACAGCGAACUGCUCUAUUACAUUCUGCGCCAGCUGACGAUGGACCAGCUCGCCUACAUGCGCGGCUUGCACAACCACUCACAGUCUACCAUCGAAAUAUCUGAAAGGGACCUAACGGAGAGAGCGAGGCAGAUCAACAUUAACGACCUGAAACCGUUCUACGAGAGCCGGAUAUUUAAAAUGAACAGCUUCAGUUACGAUGCGAAGAGAAAAGUGAUUAUACACGAACUACCAGAAACGCCGACGGCGACUGCUUAA